AUGGUUGAGGGUGAAUCAAGCAAUGCAAGAGAGACAAGGCUUAAGAUGCAAGCCGAUUUGAAGAAGAUGGAUCAGAGGAUGGAAGAAUCUGAUGCAGAGGGAUAUGUCUACUCUGAGGAACAGUCUGAGAGAAGGAAUGUGAGGACUGAGAGUGAAGAGGAAGGAGAAGAGGUGAACCAAUUGGUUGAUGAAGAUGACCAAGAGGGGAACCAAGAUGAGCCAAUGGAAGAGGCUGAGGAAGAGCAAGAGGAGGAUGAGCUCCCCAUGUACCAAGAGCACUACAUGCUCUCUUCUCCAUGGACUUUGUGGAGACUAAGCACCCACAUGAUGACACCAUGA